AUAUAUUAAAUGAAAUUAACUCAUGUAUGUGUCAUGGGCAAACAACCGAUGAAAAGAGCAUGAGUGCAAAAUAUCAUAAAAUAAUCAUUUGUAUGUUGUGUUAAUGUAUCCCAGCUUUAGACUGCUUACUCUGUAUAAUGUAAACAGUUGAAAUCAAAUGAUACGUCAGUUAGGCCUAAUUACUGAGAAAAUUAACUGGCAGCAAUUUUGAUAAUUGAUUAAUAGUUUAAAUGAUUUUCAAGAAAAAAUGCCAAAAAUUCACCGUUUCCAGCUACUGAUAUGUGAACGUUUUCUGGUUUUCUUGUCUUAUAUGACAGUAAACGUUACUAUUAUUGGGUUUUGGGCCAUUGGUCGGACAAAACAAACAUUUUGAAUAUGUCAACCUGGGCUGUGGGAAAUCGUGAUCGCCAUUUUUCACUAUUUACUGACAUUUUGUUCACUGUACAAUUAAUGGAUGUAUCAAUAAAAUUAUGGGCAGACAGAAUUGAUGAUCGUUAUUUGCAGCCCUGAUGUCCGCAGGCCCCACACGUGGCCGGGCUCUGUGAUGAUUCAGCAGGAUGACACCUACCUGACCUACCAUAGUGAACCCUAUUGUCAUGCCUCUCUGCCUCACUGUUCACCAGCAGAUCCAACCAUGCCAUUGCAGUUUGUGUACAGCAACCAGGACUUUGUCACAGAUGUGUGUAGGAGCAGUGGAAAUAGUCUUGGGAUGGCAUCUCCUCCAGCAAAGUUUGACACAACCAUCCAAGCCGGCUGGACAGACAGGAUGGACAGGGGACUCUUUCGCUACCAUCUGGGCAAUCUACAAACACGCAUCCUGCCGGGCCCGCAUGGCUAUGUGGCCCAGCUGAAUGUUCAAAGAGGAACAGAGAGAAGAAAGCCUCAGGAGAUACUGAGCAUUCAGCAGGAGUUCAAUGCCAAGCAGUUUAAUUUUAACAAAAUCAGUCCAGAAGAAAUCAUAUUUGAGAUGAUAAAGGACACUGAGGGAAGAAAUGAAAAGGGACAAUUGCAUCAACCCUGCAGGAUGGUUGUGCUGGUCAAUGUCAGCCCUUUGGAGUUUGGGCAUUGUCUCUUUGUUCCAGAUCCUUCACGCUGUUUCCCACAGGUCCUGACGAGAUUCACCAUCCAGGUUGGUAUUGAAUCUGUGCUCCUGAGCUCCGAUGCUGGCUUCCGUGUGGGGUUCAACAGUCUAGGAGCAUUUGCAUCUGUCAAUCAUUUACACCUACAUGGGUAUUACUUGGACCAUGAGCUCAAGAUAGAAUCUAUGCCAGUCAAGCCGCUGGUUCCUGAAAAGGGGUUUUAUCGCUUAUUGGACUUUCCUGGAGGCUUUCUGUUUUACACAGAAUCUGAGUGGGUGGAGAAAGUUGCCAGAGCCAUCUGUCAAGUCACAGACUUUCUUGUGGACUCCAAUAUUGCUCACAACCUGUUCUUGACUAGAGGAUGUCCGCCCUGUGAUCACGUACAGAAUGAAGAGGAUCACUGUUCAAGAAAAGGUGUUCGUAUCGUUGUGUGGCCCAGAAUUUCGUGCUUCGGUGCCAAGGAGGAGUCUGCCUUCAAUGUUGCUCUCUGUGAGCUGGCUGGACAUUUACCAUUUAAGAACAAGAAAGACUAUGAGCUCACUACUGAGAAAGAUGUAAAAGCCAUCAUCCAGAGGUAUCUUCUACCUGAUGCAGAGUUACUCACGUUGGAACAGCAGCUUACUCGUCAUUUCAUGGAUUUAUAAUGCAUGGACAUCAAUGCCUUGUUCAAGCCUGUCCUUUAGUUCAAAUCAACUAGAUCAGAAGCUAAACAUUCUUCACAAUUUCAGUGAAAGGUCGGAAAUGUGUUUUUGUUGACAAGAUCAAGAGAUGUCAGAUGUCAUUAAGAAAAUGAGAGCAUAUCUUCACACUGGAUUAUACUUUGGGAGCUAUGUUGAAUCUUAUUAAAUAUAACAUUGGAUGUGCACAAAAAUACCUUCCUACAUAAAUAUAUUUAUCAAUGAGAAUAUAUUUAAUGGACUAAUGGAUGUGUUGUAUUAAAACUGGUUUCAAAUAAAAUGCCAAAAGUAUUUUAUUCAGAAAUA